AUGGAAGAAUCCAUGAUCCCGUCACUCUCAACAGGCAUCGUUGGCUCUCGCUUCGUCUCUCAGGACGAAGUAGACACAGCAAGAGCGAGACGAGACGAGCAGUGGAAGGCGGCCUAUGCUCGAUUGGGUCAAGAACCGCCACCUCAGCAACAAGAAGAUUCAUACGAUGGAAGGAGUCUGGCAGAAAAACUCGCUGCAAAUCGGAUCGCAAAACAAGAAGAAUGGGAAGAAAAGACCAAGCUCGCCAACCAAUUCAGAGCUUUGGAAGAGGAUGAAAUUAUGUUUCUCGAUUCUAUCAGAGAACGACAGGAAGAAGAGGAGCGUCAACGUAAAGAAAAAGACGGCGAGGAAGUAAGGGGCUUCAAAGAGGCAGUAGCUGCUCGAGCAAGCGCUGCUAAUAAUCCUCCUCCGAUACUGGGUCGGGUUGCGGAGUCAGCGCCACCUCUAAAGCCUCUACCUGUUACGAAAAAGGACCCGAAGAAAGUAUUAAAGGGUGUCGUUGUCAAAAAGAAGACAAAGACACCAAUAGCCUCAGCUUCGUCGGCGGCUUCAGUGAACAUCCGGAAGGGGAAGGACAAAGAGGGAAAAGCCAAGGGUGUUCAAGAAGAUAGUACGGAGCCAGAUUCGAAGCGUAGAAGGAUAACUUGA